AUGCUAGUGGAGAAAAUUCAGGAGGAGUCGCAGCCGACACGCCUUCAGAUCCUGUUCAAAGAGUUCUCGGACGGUCACUUUCACGACGUGGCACAAGAUGAUGCAAGUGAUCCGGCUGCCGUGACGUCAGCUGCGAAAAAAUUGAAGAGAGAAGAGAAAGCGCUUCUAUCUGUGGAUCUCGACUUCGUACGACCGUAUGAAUGCUUCAACACCGUUCCUUCGUCGAGCGUCAACACCAUGAUCGUAGUGCCCAACAACAACGUGAGGAUGUCGGAGGAUUUGAAACAAGCUGCUCAGCAGCUGCGACGCGGGGAAACGGUGAUUUGA